AUGCCCAUAACCUUCUCCAAGGAAGAUCACUUGGUGCACCUCCUAGACCUCGGGUCUUACCUGCUGGUGGUGUGCCCCACCAUAGAUAGAGUCCUCUCCAAUGUGUUGAUCGAUGGCGGUAGCAACCUCAACAUCAUCUUCACCGACGCCCUGAAGUGCAUGGACUUCAACUUCGAGCGACUUCUCCCCUGCGAAGACCCAUUCUAUGGCAUAGUAUCCGGUGAAGGAUUCUAUCCUAUCGGGAGAGUCGUCUUGCCGGUCAUGUUCGGUACCCCUGACAACUACCGCACCGAGCACAUCACCUUCGAGGUUGCCAACCUCAGGACCUCCUACCAUGCCAUCAUUGGCAGGCCAAUGCUACUGAGGUUCAUGGUAAUUCCCAACCACACCUACCUCAUCCUCAAGAUGCCAGCUCCAAACGGUGUCCUCUCUGUUUACGGUGACGUUGAAAUGUCCUACAAGUGUGACACGGAAGCCGUGCAGCUCGCCAAAACCUUGGAGUACUUGGCCAAAGCCACCAUGAUGCUUGUCGAGUCCAAGAAGGUGGACCAGAACUAG